UAGACAUUACCCACACUGCACCGAGGCCAAGCUGAAUUUUUGGGGCCACAACUUUGCCGGCAUUGCCCGUCUGAUUUCCCUUUUUUGACGACUGUCCUGACCCCAAAAAGGAGCUCACUAUGGAUGCCAGAUCGGAGGAGGACUGUUGCGCAGACAAGUUCUUCCGCCGUUUGCAACAGCUGAGGUCAGAGGGUCAUCUUACGGACGUGACGCUGUGUGCCGAAGGCAAGGAGAUCCCCUGUCACCGAUUGGUCCUCUCAGCCUGCUCCGACUACUUCCGCGCCAUGUUCGGCGGAGCUCACAGCGAGAGUAAGAAGGAGAAAAUAGAGAUAGGAGGAGUGACCGCGGAUGCACUACAGCUGUUGGUGGACUUUGCUUACACGCCCAAGUUCAACGUCACCUUAGAUAACGUGUAUCACCAGUUUGAGGCAGCCAACAUGCUUCAAGUCAAGCCUAUUGAAGAAGCCUGUGAAAAGUUUCUCACCAACAACUUGAGUCCAGACAUGUGUUUGGGAACGUGGACUUUAGCAGACAAGCUGUCAUGCAUGAAAUUGUCUGCUCUAGCAAGACGCUUUGCUCUGAAGAAUUUUGAAGAUGUCUGCGCUACUGGGGAGUUUCUUCAGCUUCCUGUAGAUUUUCUUAAGACGUACAUCUCAGACCGGGCCCUUCAUGCUAAGAGAGAGGCACAAGUGUUGGAUGCAGUCAUGCUGUGGGCAAGGCAUGAUCUCAAGCAUCGACAGACGCAUCUCAAGGAACUGUUAGGGUUUGUAUGUUUCUCAAGAAUGGACCAGGACUACCUCAAGAACAUCUUGGAGACAGAUGAGGUCUUGAGAGGAGUUCCAGGUAUCAGGGGACUAAUCAAGGAUCAAUCUAGACACGGAAAGCCUCGACACAUUCAAGAAGUAGAUAUUCUGCUUCUCGGAGGUAUCACGGCGGGGGGAUACGACCCACCAAUAGUAAACCGUGAUAUGUACAGACUUGACCUCCAUGGUGAUACUAUAGAUAUGACUCCGUUGCCACUGGCUCUUCAGUUUACUGAAGGAAUUGCAGCAUGCACUCUUGGCAAUGAUGUAAUAGUGACUGGGGGUAACAAGUCUACGUCUCAAGCAUGGCGGUACAACACAUCUCUGAAUUCUUGGACUCGGCUAGGGUCUCUAAAGAAGGGAAGACAAAAUCAUGGAAUGGUGGUUCUUAACGGGAAAGUGUACGUUGUCGGCGGGGAGGGCCGUGGCUGGCUACCCGAUGUUGAGGCAUACAACGAGAAGACCAACAAGUGGACAAAGGUAGCGCCACUCAUGUUCGCUGUCAGCCAUUUUGGCAUAGCUACCUGUGGUAAUAAACUCUACGUAUUCGGUGGCUGGUGGCCGGGCCUCUAUGGAAAAUGUGACGAAACACAGUGCUAUGAUCCCACCCAAAAGACUUGGGAUUCUGCGGCGGCAUUGCCAUACGCAGUGUCAUAUGUAAAUGCAUGCACUGUCAACUCCAAGAUCUACUUGGUAGGCGGGGAUUUAGAGUGCGUCCUUUGCUACAAUCCACAAGAAGAUUAUUACGAGGAAAUGGCGAGAAGGUUAGGCGGAAGGUUAGGCAGAUGGUGUGAGUGUAGUGCAAAUGUGUGCGGUUCGGAGAUCUACAUUACUGGUGGUUGGAAUCGUCACAUCUGUAAUCGUGAGGUUAACCCCUUCUCAACAGUUCAGUGUUAUGAUGUGAUCAGUGACACCAUGAUCAUGGGUAAAGGUUUGCCUAUGCCACUGUAUGGACACCACUCUGUAACAGUACUCAAGCAUUGAGCUGGUUCUUUAGUUAGCUGACUCUUCUGUUGGAAGAUAUCAUACUGUGAAUUGGACUUCUGAUGGUAGAAAUGGAUUUGAAUUCAACUUGGAGUUCUGGCUAUAACAUUUGGUCACAGUCAUUCCAUCGCCAGUGGAGCAAGUUUUUUAUAAUAUGUAGCAUAUAACUUGAAAGUUUAUCACACAAAAAUUGAACCAAAUUUUCAGCAUCAGUCUUUGUCAGUCUUUGUCGCUGCAUAACGCUGCAUGGCAGCAGUGCAUUUGUUGAUUCCUUGACAAAGACUGGUGCCGUUUAGUCGAAAAUUUGGGUGAGUGCCAUUUUUGUGUUGGAUAUUACCGGUACAGUUAAAUUAGUUCAAGAAUGUAGUAUAUUAUAGUUUUUACUAUAUCUAGUUGUUGAUGUUAAGCUACAUGGUAUUUCUAAUGACUGACUACUAACUGUUGCUGUUAACUUUCCUUUAUGAAGUAGACUUACUGUUAACAUUGAUGGUGAUGAUACCCAAUGUAUUGUGUUGUACUGUUGCAAGUGGUGAAGGAGCUGAAAAACAAACCUACAGGUACAAGAUGUAAGGAACAGAAAUAAAAUGCUUUCUACAGACUAUCUUAAACAUUCUUACAAUCAAAGUAGAAAAAAGAUUCCAUUGAAGGCCACUAUUUGGUGCCAACUCUUUCUGAGCAAAUGUUUGAAUACUGAAUGUUUUGAAAUGAUGUGUAUAGUUUCAGAGAAUCAUUAAACUCCAUUCGUU